AUGGCGGGUCGCAAGGGGGGAUGGCGCUACAAGCCGGGAACAAGUUGCGGCAACAUAGGAAGGGGCGCCAGCGUCGCAGCGUCCGGCGGCCGCGCGAACCGUGGACCGCGCAAACGAGGCGUCUUUUGGCGAGCAGCGAGCGGCAUGCGGGUACUGCAGCGCUACUGCGCCCGAGGCAGCGCUAAAUUUUUGGUACUUUUGAUUGCGUGCAUUAUCGGGAACAGAGAAAAACUAUUGAACGAGGAUAUUUUUAAAGUUCAAGUUAGAAGUCCAAGUCAGCAAGGCAAGUCUGAGAGCGAACCCGAGGAAAUCAGCUGGGCCCGAAAAUGCCGCAAACGGCACACACAGGAAGCAACUUUGGGCGAUCCCAUUCACAAACUCAAAUCCCACAAGAGCAGUUUAUCAAUAUCAUUGGAUGGGCGCUCGAAGACAUGGCCCAUGGGUACAAGUCCAUGUAUGCUGGGUUCUUCCCUGGCUGCGUUCAGCGUUUCCCCUUUGCAACUGCUACGGAGGACAAAGCGGCAAGUCAGAGCGGCUGAGCUUAAGCGAAAGUGGGGGGCAGUCAAUAUUCGCGCUGACCGCUUGUCGCAGAACUCAGCCAGCGUCAAGACUUGGUUGGCGGCUGGCGACUGGCGACUGGCGCCGUGCACCGCGACGAGAGACAAAAAGAAUUCUCGCACAUAG